CGAUUCUCAUCGUCGAUCCAGAACCAGCUUACGGCACUGCGGAAAGAGUUGCCUGGGGACUGCCCAUUGAAGAACGCCAAUCUCCAUGCACAAUCGAGUACAAGAGAGCCAAAGUUGCUGGACUCCGCACUGUCACAUCCAAUAACGCCCUUCACAAACGAACCAUUGCUCCUACGGCAUUGAGACCCCUCGCUCGCAAGAUGAGCACAGAUGCGUCUUCAUCAACCAGACCAAAACGACAACUCGUCAAGGCCGCAUGUCAGUCAUGUCAAAAACGAAAAGUAAAGUGCAGUGGUGAGCGUCCUAUGUGUAUGCUCUGCCAACAGAGAGGUCAAACAUGCAUCUACGAUUCCGAAGCGGGUAUCUCAAGAGUCGAAGCAGUGAGGCGGCGAAACAAGGAGUUGGCAGAGCGAAACUCUGACUUCGACCUCGUCUUCAACGCCUUGCAGACCACACCCGAGCCAGAGGCAUUUGAACAUCUCCGUCGUUUGAGGGAGUGUCCAAACGUGGAAACGUACGCCAGGACUCUCCGCAAGUCGCGACCAACAAGCAGAAAACGACCGCCGGACAGCAUGCACGACUUCAUGGACGACAGUACGCUCUCAAACCUCUCGCCUAUGUCGACGCACUCCCAAGACCAACAUGAUGGCGACUCGAACAUGUUCGCCGAAACUCUUCCCAUGACAGACUACACAAGUCCACCUCAACAACCUCCGUUGAUGAUCGAUCCUCGGCUUGGUCAACAAACCUUGUACAGCUUUCCAGACAACAAUGGUUCGACUCUUCAGAGCCUGGCUGAAAUCUGGCCGUUCCAGAACUCGUCUCACAUUCAACAAGAAACCUACCAGUCGAGCACUCAGGAUUGGGCAAAGCCAGAUGGUCAGGGUGGAUCCUCUCAGCAGAAUCACUACCUCUACAACGUACAAAUGUCGCAGACCGACUGGACCGAUGGCAACCUCGAUCCCACGAAUGGCCAAACAAUGAGUCGAAGGCAUUCCAGGUUCGAUGGCUGA